AUGAAUCUUUACAUUAUUCCAAUAGUUCUUUCUGUGUUAUAUUACUACUAUUACUACAACAAGAACACCGCGGUUAUGAGUGCUGUUACCAAGAAAUUCAUACAAAAUCCAAACCCGUUCCCAACAUACUUUUUUUCCCAUGGUGGUCCCACUUUUAUGUAUGAAAAUGACGAUUUUGGUAAUAAAGGUGCCUGGAAUACUGUUAAGAAAAUCGGUACUAAUAUCAAGAAAAACUGGAAACCAGAUUACAUAAUCGUUGUCAGUGCUCAUUGGCAAAGUUCAGGUACCAAUUUGAUUGAAAUCAACUAUCCAAAAACCAGCGAAAACCCAUUGAUUUACGAUUUUUAUGGAUUUCCUGAUUACAUGUACAAAGAAGAGUUCCACACCAAGAACAAUUUGUUUAUUGCAAAUGAGAUCAAACAAGAAUUGGAAAAGAAUGGAUUCAACUCGAACAUUACCAACCGUGGUAUAGAUCACGGUGUGUGGGUUCCGUUCAAGGUGGCUUUCAGUGACUACACGACUCAGUCCAAACAACAACCCGAAGAGAAAGGAUUGGAUUUGCCAGAAACUGCUGUUAUUCAAGUUUCAUUGACUUCAAAUGAUAAAGAUUUUGAUAAGCAUUUCAAGUUGGGCCAAGUCUUGAGUAAGUUCAAGAAUGAGUUGAUUUGGGACGAAUCUAAACAGAAGCACUUGUCUGGUUUGGUAAUUUGUUCUGGUAUGUCGGUUCACAAUUUGAGAGAUCUUGGGCUUGGUUUCCGCUACCCAGCUGGUUUACCUUAUGUCAAGCCAUUCAACCAACUCUUGACAAAAACAGUCGAAACCAAAAAGGGUAACGAAUUGUUGGCCGCUUUCAAUGAGAUGCACAAGAACCCCUUAUUAAGACAAGCUCAUCCUACUUUGGAACAUUUCUUACCAAUCGUUGUUGCUGGUGGUAUUGCAUCCACCGGAAAUGAAAACAUCAAAGAACUCUACAAUGCUGCCCUGUAUAGUUUAGGCUGGGGUGUUUACCAAGUUGGUGAAUACAAAUUAUAA